AUGGCUGGAGUCUUUCACCUCGUCAAGACCAACCCUGCUUUGGCUCCCCUCUUCAUUUUCGGAGGCUCAGGCAUCGUCGGUGGUGUUGCCUACAUCGGCCACUGCCUCGCCAACGGACCCGACGUUGUUAUCAACAAGACUGCCGCCGAGAAGCCAUGGAACCGUAUCCAGCCCCACGAAAACGCCAAGCUCUGGUCGCCCAACAAGGACUUCUGGCAGAACCGCAAAGUCAACGCCGAGCAGCUCAAAAAACAAGUAUAA